AUGCCCGAGGGCCAGGGGGCGGCUCGGAGCGCCCCGGGCAGGGUGUCGGCCGGACCCCCGGCCUGCCCAUCGCCCCGCCUCCCGGCCGCGGGGUCCGCGGGGUCCGCGGCGUCCGCGGCGUCCCCGGCCCCUCGGCGGGGCGCCGUCUGCGCCAGCGUCCCGCAGAAGCUGGCGGAGGCGCUGAGCAGCCAGUACGGGCUGGUUGUGUUCGUGGCGGGGCUUCUGCUCCUGCUGGCCUGGGCCGUGCACGCCUCGGCGGUGGGCAAGAGCGACCUGCUCUGCUUCCUCACGGCGCUCAUGCUGCUGCAGCUGCUCUGGAUGCUGUGGUACAUGGGCCGCAGCUCCGCGCACCGCCGCCUCAUCCGCCCCAAGGACACGCACGCCGGCGCGCGCUGGCUCCGCGGGAGUAUCACGUUGUUUGCGGCCAUUACCAUCAUCCUGGGAUGCCUUAAAAUUGGGUACUUCGUUGGAUUUUCUGAAUGUUUAUCAGCCACUGAAGGAGUCUUUCCUGUCACACAUGCAGUACAUACUCUGUUGCAGGUGUAUUUUCUUUGGGGGCAUGCAAAGGAUGUCAUCCAGUCUUUCAAAACCCUGGAAAGGUUUGGGGUGAUACACUCGGUGUUCACCAAUCUGCUUCUGUGGACCAAUGGCGUCCUGAAUGAAUCAAAGCACCAACUUAAUGAGCACAAGGAACGGCUCAUCACUCUGGGCUUUGGGAACAUCACAAUAGUCUUGGAUGACCACACGCCUCCAUGUAACUGCUCGCCCCCGACGUUCUGCUCUGCCAUCUCCCAGGGGAUCUACUACCUCUACCCCUUCAACAUAGAGUAUCAGAUCCUGGCUUCCACGAUGCUCUACGUCCUGUGGAAGAACAUCGGACGCAAAGUGGACAGUCAACAGCAUCAGAACAUACAGUUCAAAUUUCCCGGGGUCAUGGCGGGCUCGGUCCUGGGCCUGACUGUACUGGCCGCCACGAUUGGGAUUGUGGUGGUAUAUCUGAUUCAGAUCGGGCGCUCCAAAACCAAGAGCGAGUUGGCACUCAUCAUGUUCUACCUGUAUGCCAUCGCCUUGCUGAUGCUCAUGGGGGCCGCGGGACUGUUCGGAAUCUGGAUUUACAGGAUAGACGAGAAAUCUCUAGAUGAGUCUAGAAACCCAGCCCGCAAACUGGACGCGGACCUCUUGGUGGGCACUGCCUCUGGCUCCUGGCUCAUCUCCUGGGGCUCCAUCUUGGCCAUCCUCUGUGCUGAAGCCCGCCCCCCCUACACCUGGUUCAACCUGCCCUACUCCAUCCUGGUGAUUGCUGAGAAAUACAUCCAGAACCUCUUCAUCAUUGAGUCCAUUCACCGGGAGCCGGAGAAGCUCUCUGAGGACAUCAGAACCCUGCGGGUAGUCACGGUCUGCAACGGUGAUGCCAUACCCCUCGCCUCGUCCUGCCUCAAGAGUGGAGCUGAGGCCGCGGACGUGGUUUCCCUGGGCAGUGAGAUACCACAUGUGGCCAAUGGAAAUGUGCAUCUGAGAGAAGGCUGUGGCAGAGAGGCGGAGGAGGGGAGCCGGGAAGGGACCCCGAGCCCAGCCUGCCACCCCCGUUUCCUGCAGGGCCAUGCCAAGAGAAGAGUGUUGAGGAAUAUUGCAGCCUUUUUGUUCCUCUGCAAUAUCUCGCUUUGGAUCCCUCCUGCUUUUGGCUGCCGCCCCGAGUACGACAACGGGUUGGAGGAGAUUGUCUUUGGCUUUGAACCCUGGAUAAUUGUGGUCAACCUGGCCAUGCCUUUUUCUAUUUUCUACCGAAUGCACGCAGCUGCCUCUCUCUUUGAGGUCUAUUGUAAGAUAUAGUCUGCAUCCACAUCAAAGCCCAAGGAGUGACCUAACAAGAGAAUUCACUGGAGCCACCUGGGAAUGGCCAGGCUGGGCCAACAUUGCCUGACAAAAGCAAGAGGGCUGCCUUUGUCUGCACCAGUUGUGUUUCCUGCGAGCUGACCUCAGACGAAUGUAACCAAGUUAGCUCAGCAUCGAUGAGGCAGCUGAAAUCUCGCCUUGACUCGUUCAUUCUGACUGAACCCAAUUGAUUUUACCUCCUUUUAAAUGAGACCCUUUGUUUUAAAAGAAUGGGAUUCAGGUUGGGGAAAGAAAAAUGAUCAGUUUGUUUUUCAUAAAAAUUGUUUUCUGUUAUCACGUGACUACCUACAACU